CCACACGGAGAAUUCUUUUGAAUCGAAACGCGCGCAGGCGCGUAAUUUCGUUGGUUCAUUCAAGUGAGGUUCGCGGUUUCCGCGUCUUCGACUAUCAUCAGUGCGUCGUCAAACCGACGCGCGCCAGGGUUAUCGCACCAGUUCGUGUUUUUUAAAAUAUCUCUAUCCAUAGUUCAGAAACGAACGCGCUAUUAUGAAUGUCCCGCCGGUGGUCGACUCCCGAUUCGAAAAUUAUUUCGCCAUUUCUCAGUUGCGCGAAAAUCAUCGAUGCAAAGUUGUUUGAAAUUGAAAAAAAAAAAGAAGGAAAUUCGAUAUCCUGUGCCGAUUUCAACGUUAUCCUGUUUGGGGAUCCUCUUCACGAUUGUAAUUUGUGGCAAUUACCAUUUCAACAAUGAGACAAUGAGAUCACGGAGUUGAUCCGAGUGCCGAAUACUCUAAACCAUAGAACUAUUGAAAAAACAGAAUAAGAUAAAAAAUAAUUGACCGAUUUCAAGUUCUGGUUUUCGAUAAAAGUUCACUGGCCUGUUUUUUGGAAUUUGAGUUACGUACAGUGCGCCGAUUUUUCUUUCGUUUUAUCGCCGAGUGCAAUUUGCGAGGUUUCCUUCUGAAUUUCGAUUGAAUUUUUUGUACGGGUAAAAAACAAAAUGUGAUUCGUCUGCAAACUACGAGAGCUUAGUCAUCUUAUUUCACACGAUUUUGGCGGUGGAGGCGGAGGACGAGGAGGAGGAGAAAAGAAGACGUCUAAAACUUCUUAGGUGAUAAUGAAGUUUUCAUACUUUCGUUCAAGCCGGUAAGGCCAGUACGUCCUAAAAAUGCCAAACAGACAUUAUCGUCGUCAUCAUUUCGAAACAACGGAAGUGAUACACUGGCAGCUGAGAAGUAUUUGUUACUACUCGGCUAUGGUGAUCAAGUGACUGCCAUCUAUAAAUUACGAAGAGAAGAGAAAAAAAAUUAGAGGGAAAGAAAGAAAAAGUACAUAUACGUCAAAUACGGGUCUAUACACACGCCGUUAUAAUUCUUUCGAUUUUUCCUUUUGUUUCUGUUGUUUUUUUUUUUUUUUUUUUUUCAAUUCAUUUAUUGUUAUUGUUGUCACAUUUUACUUCCCUUCUCCACCUCGAUUAGUAAUUUGUUACACGUCAAAGUUUGCAUACAAAUAUUACAAUUAUACAAAAUAGAUAAAUAGUAAGCUAAACUUGAAUGAAAUUCUGCAAAUGAGAUUGGAAAUUUAUUUGGCGGAUGGAAUGUUAAUUGUAAAUUGAAAAAAUCAAUAUUCAUACGUAUAACGAUUGAAAUUGACACGCCUAAAAACGAGUGAAUGAAGAUUUGAAGAAAUCGAUAAAGUGAAUCGAAAAUAUAGAUAAAGUGGAUUGAAAAAAUAUCGAAGUAAAAAAAUUAAAUAAAAAAAAUUGUGCUACGAAUGGUGAUUACAAUGAAAAAAGGCUGAUUCGAUUAAUUUUCAAAAAAUCAAAAAGAAAAAAGUUAGAAAUAAAAAUUUUAGAUAGAGAGAAAAAAAAGUUAACGUAAAUAAUAGUCCAAUUUUUAUCGCGAUAUUGAAUAUAAGUGAUAACUAUAAACCGUGGUGUCUAUACGUAUAAUAAUCGUAUUAUUAUAUAAUUGAAAAUAAAAAAACAAAUCUGCGCAACUCUUGAUCCUGAAAUAAUAAUAAUAACAAUAAUAAUAACAGUAACAAUAAGAAACCAAGCGACUGCAAAUAUUUAUCAAAACUCAAAAUGCUUACGACCAUGUCUUCAAUCUUACUGGAAUUCAAUUCUUCGUAUUAUUCGACUACAGUUACGGGGUCAACUUUGUCUGAAGGAUUUUCAGCUCUAGGACCCGACUCUCAAAAUGCUACCGCAACGCCCUAUAUGCUUCCGGCUUACAUUCGUAACACCUCUAUGGUGGUUUGUAUACUGGUUAUGGUGUUGGGGGUCGUUGGAAACCUUAUGGUCCCCCUGGUUGUUUUGCGGGGCAAGGACAUGAGAAACAGCACAAACAUAUUUUUGGUCAACCUGAGCGUUGCCGACCUCUGCGUUCUUCUCGUUUGUGCACCGACUGUUCUGGUCGAGGUAAAUUCAAGACCGGAGAUUUGGGCGCUCGGAGAACACAUGUGCAAAGCCGUUCCUUUCGUUGAAUUGACCGUCGCCCACGCCUCCGUUCUCACUAUCCUUGCUAUAAGUUUCGAACGUUACUAUGCGAUUUGCGAACCACUGAGAGCUGGGUACGUCUGCACGAAAGCGAGGGCUACCGGUCUCUGUUUUUUGGCCUGGGCUGCGGCAGCGCUUUGUACAAGCCCGAGUAUCCUGAUGUCAAAUUAUCACAUGGAGGAAUACGUCGACGGGUCGAUGGUACCGGUGUGUCAAAUACAAUCGAAUAAAACGUGGACGGAUGCAUUCUUCGUGACAACAAUAAUAGUAUUCUUCUUCUUACCGUUAUUCAUAUUGAUAGUAUUGUACACGAUAAUAGCGCGUCAUCUGAUGGCGAAUCCAACAAUAAGUCGUGGUCCAGCGAAUAACUUAUUGAAAUAUCGUAAGCAAGUUGUGUUGAUGCUGGGUACGGUCGUACUCAGUUUUUUCGUAUGUUUAUUGCCAUUUAGAGCGUUAACCUUAUGGAUAAUAUGCGUUUCCCAGGAAUCGAUGCUUCACCUUGGUUUCGAAAGAUAUUACAGUAUUUUAUAUUUUUGUAGGGUAAUGUUAUACUUGAAUUCGGCCGUUAAUCCGAUUCUGUAUAAUUUAAUGUCGACUAAAUUUCGCGAAGGUUUUCUGAGACUGUGCGGUUUGGGUAAAAACAAAAAGAAACAACCGGGAAGGACCGGCACCUAUACGACCGGAUCGACGAACUGCAGCACCAACCAAUCCUCCGAUUUUUGGCGGAGACACAGCAGCAACAAAAGCUGCAGCGUUAAAGUCCCCGGUACGCCGGUUGAAAAACAAAUGAAAUUACCGCUCCUUUCCUCCGUUACGGAUAUUGGAAUUAUUAAGAAAAAACAAGAAAGUUACGUCUAAUAAUUUUCCCUCUUUCUUCCUCUCCCUAUUCUUUUUUAUUCAAACAAACGAUACGGAGAAAAUUGAGACUCGACCGAGACUCCUUUCCUUUCACGUUUUAUGCACAGAGAAAAGAUAUUCUCAAAAAUUUAUGGUACUGUAAUAAUUGUUCGAUAUUGCACUACAUGACAUUAUUUGCAGUGCCGUCGUUUGAAUGAUGAAAAAACAAUGAAUGAACGAAUGACCAAAACAAUGGAUGAAAAAUAUUGACAAAAAUUAUGCUAUUGGCUCCCAUCAUUACCGAAUGACUAGGUAGUUAAAUUCAAACUAAUUAAAAAUCAUUGAUAAAUUCAUAUGCAUAUAAUUUUCAUCUAUAUAAAAGGGGCCAGAAAAAUAUAACAUAAAAUGUCUGAUCAGCUAUAUGAAUUGUAACGAAUCAAUUACUCGUUUGAUUGUUUAUGAUCCGACAUUGAAGAUCGUGCGUUUUUAAUUGUAAAUAUUAGUCACGAUCAUAAUUACGGUAAUAGGUGAUAGUAUGAAAAAGAAAAAAUUGAUCGAGCCCAAAUAAUGACAUUAAUACUGUAAUUGGAAUUGUAUAUUAUUAUUAAGUUCAAAAUCCUGAAUCUGUAUGUCGAGAAAAACGAGAAGAAACAGAAUUAUUAUUAUAAUGAUCAAAGAGAAGAAUUAACGGAAAAACAAAUAAGACAACUUAUCAAAGUCCAUAUGCUCGUCUAUACGUACGAUAUGAUAUGUUAUGUAUGAUAUAAUCAAUUUUCAAGUAAUUUUGGGAUCAAAGGCAAAAAUCGAAAUUGAAAAUCAUCAGCAUUGUCGUUGUAUGUUAUACUACAUAUUACGUGUGGUAAUAAUAUGAAUAUGCUAUCGCAAACAAAGAGAAAGAAAAAAUCAUCAUCGUUGUAUCACAAUAUCAUAUAAAAUAUAUGUAAUCGACAUCGUGAUAAUAAUUGUAUGAUUGUCAUUCUCUUCUUCGUCAUUACUAAUCGGUGUACAUGGAUCAUUGAUGAUGAUCAUUAUUAUUAUUACAGUUCACUCAUUGUCAGACUAUAAGUAUCAUGUAUGCACGUACAACUACUAUAGUUUUUAAUAAAUGCAAGACUGGUAGUGAUUGCAAAAAUUAACGAGAUAAAGAAAAAAUUGGAGGAAUUUAUUCAUUGUUGUUAGUAUUAUCAUUAUGAUUAUCACUAUCAGCCCUUGAUGGUAUAAAAUUUCAUUAUAUGAAAUUAUGGAGGAUAGGAGAAACGCGUUAAUUUUUCUCUCGUUUUUGUUCAAAAAAUUAAAUUGAAUGAUUCGUUAUUUUAAUAAAUAAUCUAGUCAGUUACAUAAGAUACAAAUAAUGAUACCGCACUACUGUAAAUUUAGGAAAAUAGGAGUCCGCGUUGCUCAUUACGAAGCAAUAGAAUUUAUUUUGUUCCCUGAAUAGAUUUUUUAAUGAGUUGACUAAUAAUAAGUGCAGCUAGAAACAUUCAGCUCGCCCGAAUGAGCAUCAUUGUAUCCCGUUACAUGAACACUUCAAAUUGACAGUUAGAAAAAGACGUUAAAAAUAAAAGAGUUGAAUAAAACUGACGUAGGUUAGUUUUAUAACCGCACCGACGGUGAAAUCAAACAAAAAUUUAUCACAUUCAUGUAUUUGAUGGAUACAAAGAAAAAUAAUCAAUUUGGAAAUAAUUAUUGGUAACUGCGAUUUAUCGAAUGAUUUUCAUUAUACAUAUUUUCUAUGAUAUAUAUCUAUCGCGGACAACAAGUAUAUAUACAUAAAAUGAUAAUUGUUCUAUGUAACACCAUCUGUAUAAGAGAUGCUUAAAAAAAGAGGAGUAAAAAUCACACACUUGUAUAUAUGUACGCUGCAUAUGCAUAUUAGUCUGUAGGUGAGAGGUCAGAAAUAUAUCUUCGAUAAUUAUAAUGAAUAAAAUAUAGUAUAUCGAUAAUGAAAAAAGUACACAAUUAUUUUAAUAUAUGUAUAUGAUUAUUAAUGUAUAGUAAACGUUUAAGAAUUGGUGUAAAUAUUUUGUAAAAAAAAACCAAAAAAACAAAAAAAAAGGAUGUAACUAAUAAAAUAUUUAUAUAUGUAUAUAUGUAACAUAUGAUAUGGAAAAUAACGA